AAUACUCCGUAUUAAAUCAAAAAGAAAGACAUUUUAAAUUUAACAACCCAGUUGAAAUAAUAUAUACAGAUUUAUAUACCAUUAUACUACUUCUCAAUUGUGUCCGUACGAACCAUUUACCAGUUCAUCGGCGUUCCAGACACCAAUUUCCGGCGAUAGCAAUGAGUAGCAGCGUUAAAAAAUCGUCUGUGCAAAAACCUAAACCUAAUAAAAAAAAUAAUUCCGAUAAAAAUAGUAAAUUAGGGUUUAAUAAUGAACAUAAAUCAAACACUUAUUGUGGUGAUGAUGACUGCCUUUAUUGUAGGGAAAAACAUUUAGAAAAAAUGUUAUUAAUAAAAUUAGAUAUAGUAUAUAAUUUAGCAUUCGAUAAGCUUAUCGGUUUAGGUUACGAUAAAGAUGCUGUUAUGAAAGGUAUAUUAAGGUGUGGAUUUUGUAAUGGUAAAAUGGAUGCUGUAAGUAAUAUAGUUAGUAAUGUUGUCGGUUAUUUUGAUAAGUCGGUGAAAGGCGGGAAGGAUACGAAGCAAGUUUUUGAUAAUUUGUCGAUGUUGUUGAGUUUUUCGGUUGCGUUUUUAGUGUGUAUGGUUAGACGAGAGAAAGAGGAGAUGAGUAAAGAGGAGGCUAUGUGGCGUUUGGUUAUGUGUGAUCUUCAUGUUGAUAGUGCUAGGGAUAUGAAUGUCGGUGAUGAGGUUAGGGUUACGGAUGCGGAGGUUAGUGAGGAUGGUAUGAGUGGGGUGAGUCCUGAUUCGUGUAGGUUUAGUAGUGGUUGGGGGUUUGGGAAAAUUAUGGUGGAUGAGUUUCAUGUAAAGCGUCCUGUAUCGCGUGCUGAGUUUGAAAAGAUUUUGGGAGUAGAUCGUAAGGGUUCAAAUGAUUUGGUGAUUUAUUCCAAUGAGAAGUUGAUAAGUAGAAUUAAUGGAACGUUUGCUGAAGAGGAUAGAGCGAAAAUAAAAAAGAGGCAGGCCGAUUCGGAUGGUGGUUCGGGAGCUGUGUGUAAUGGAGGUCAGUUGAGUGUAGUUGAAACAGAGGGUGUGGAUUCUUGUGCUUCUGAUUUAUUCAAUGAAAUUAUGGAAAAAAUGAGUGUGAAAAAUAACGAAGGAAUUGACACGAUUUUGAAGCAGUUUUAUGAUCUGACGAUUGAAGGAGAUAAAGAAUCUGCUGAUAUGGACCAAAAAGAUGAGAUGCUUUUAAGUUUAGUUAAUGAAAUUGUGGCUCUUGAGGGUCAAGUAAAGGAAAGGAGGGAGUGGGCCCAUCAGAAGGCUAUGCAAGCAGCUAGAAAGCUAGCUCAUGAUCUCGCCGAGUUAAAGAUGUUAAGGAUGGAAAGGGAGGAAAAUCAGAAAGUUAAUCAGGAGAAGCCAACUGUCGAUGAUUCCACUAUGAAGAGGCUUUCAGAGAUGGAGAACUCGUUGAGGAAAGUGAGUGGUCAAAUGGGGCGUGGAAAUUUAAUAGUUAGACGUCUUGAAGUAGAGAACGCGGAGAUCAGAGCAGAAACGGAGGCUUCAAAGUUAAGUGCCUCCGAGUCCAUGACUUUGUGCUUGUCUGUUGCUAAGAGAGAGAAGAAGUAUCUCAAAAAGGUUUUGGCUUGGGAGAAACAGAGGGCCAAGCUGCAGGAGGAUAUUACAGCUGAGAAACAGAAACUCAUAGAGUUGCAGGAAGAAAGGAUCCAAGUUGAAGCUGCUACCAAGACCGCCGAGGCCCAAUGGAGGGAAGAACGGAGAGCUAAAGAGAGUGCUUUAGCACAAGUAGAAGUAGAAAGACGCCGGAAAGAAGAAACUGAUGCAACUAAUAAAAGAAAGAAUGAGAGUUUAUGCUCAAAAAUCAAAUUAGACUUCCAACGUUACAAAGACGACCUCCAACGACUCGAACAAGAACUGUCAUGCAUCAGGACAUCUACCAACCCGGAUCAGCAGUUAACCAAUUCAUAUGGGUUCCACCUUCAAGACGGAACUAUAGCUAACAUGCUUUCUGAAUUGGAUGAUGUUGAUGAAACAGAAGCUAUUGAUCGUGCAUGCAUAAUUUGUCAAAGACAUGAAGUUUCUGUAGUUCUCUUACCAUGUGCACAUCAAGUUCUUUGCAUUAGCUGCAAUGUUGAGUAUAGAAGGGCAAUCUGUCCAAUUUGCAGCACCUCAAUAGAACAGAGGAUUCGUGUUUUUGGGGCGAGCUCCUAGUCUUGGGUUGUAGUUUACAGGUAUCUGCUAAAGUUGUUUUCUAAAAUAGAUGUUUCUUUAUGAUGUUAUGAACCACAGUAGGUACUUUGUUGUAGUGUUGUGAACUAAAGUAGGUAUCCUUUUGUGUUGCAAUGAACCAUUUUGAUCGA